CCUGGAUUUGAAUCCCCCAUUUUCAUUGCAUAAAUCAAAAGGGUAAACUUCAAUAUAUGAUGGCAUUCAGACAACACCAUCGCCACGGAUUCAUCGUCCUCCAAGCAUUUUCAUCCUAGAACUCGUCAUCUCCGCCCCCAAUCCUCUCUGUCUCUAUAUUCCACCAUUUCAUCUCUUUCUUCUUCCAUGUUGUAAUGUAUUGCCAUUAUUGAUUACACACCCACAUAGAAACUGGGAACAUUGUUUUCUCUAUGUUUUUUUUCAUCUUCCAUUGACAAUUACCUGGGAAAUCUGUGAUUUCUCGGUUCGUUUAUGCGUGUUUGAAAAUCUAGGGCUUCUUGGUAUUUUUGAAAACCCUGGUUUUGGGGAUAACUUUAAAGGGAGAGAGAGGUUAAGAGAUCAAUGGCCCAAAAUGGUCAGGGGAUAGACCCUGCCUUACUUGAUGAUAUAAUCAAUCGGCUAUUGGAGUUCCGGCAGGCGAGGACGGUGCGGCAGGUUCAGCUAUCGGAGUCGGAUAUCCGUCAACUUUGUACCGUUUCUCGUGAAAUAUUUCUUCAACAGCCUACUCUUUUAGAGCUUGAGGCUCCGAUUAAGCUAUGCGGUGACAUUCACGGGCAAUAUGGUGAUCUGUUAAGGUUGUUUGAAUAUGGGGGGUUUCCUCCAGAGGCUAAUUAUUUAUUCCUAGGGGACUAUGUGGAUCGUGGCAAGCAAAGUCUGGAGACAAUAUGCCUUUUGCUUGCCUACAAAAUAAAAUACCCCGAGAACUUCUUCCUGUUGAGAGGGAACCAUGAAUGCGCUUCUAUCAACAGGAUAUAUGGUUUCUAUGAUGAAUGUAAACGUCGUUUCAACGUUAGACUUUGGAAAACCUUUACUGAUUGUUUCAACUGUCUUCCUGUGGCUGCUCUUAUAGAUGACAAAAUCUUAUGCAUGCAUGGGGGUCUUUCUCCUGAUUUAACAAACCUAGAUCAGAUAAGGAAUUUGCCUCGUCCAACUGAUGUCCCAGACUCGGGUUUGCUCUGUGAUUUACUUUGGUCAGAUCCUAGUAGAGAUGUGAAAGGAUGGGGAAUGAGUGAUAGGGGAGUCUCCUAUACUUUUGGUGCUGAUAAGGUGGCGGAGUUUUUAAUGCAACAUGAUAUGGACCUUGUUUGUCGUGCCCAUCAGGUUGUAGAAGAUGGGUAUGAAUUCUUUGCUGAUAGGCAGCUUGUUACGAUAUUCUCUGCCCCAAAUUAUUGCGGUGAAUUUGAUAAUGCUGGUGCAAUGAUGAGUGUUGAUGAAAGCUUAAUGUGUUCUUUCCAAAUCUUGAAACCUGCUGAUAGGAAACCUAGAUUCUUAUGAUGCAGUGGUGACCCAAAUACUUUUAAGAAUCUCCCAGAUGCUCUCAAAUAUGCCACUGAUGUUUUAGUUAUUUUCCUUUUCCGUCAAGAAUGUCGAAACACUUUUCAUCAAAUUCUUGCUGGUUUAAGAUUGGGGGAGUAGCAGCAGACUUGCCAUGGAUUGGAUAUAUAUAUAUAUAUAUAUUCAGAUGAUCAUUUUUCGAUUUUAUUUUUGUUUUUAUUAUUAUUAAUAUUACAAAGAAAUCAUGUUUGUAAUCUGUUUGUGCCCAAUUUACGACACUGUAAAUACAUUUGGGGUUGUAAAUUGUGGGUAUGGAUUGAUGUUGCCACCUUCCAGUUACCCUUUGCAGCA